AUGUCGGAAAGAGACGACCUUGAGAACCCUAACGGUCUUACCGCUCAGUCGUCGUCCUCUUCUUCUUCUUCUUCUUCUUCUUCCUUUGUCUCGACUCUCAAAAUCCUCUUCCAGUCCAUCGCCAUCCUCCUCCGCCACCGGCUCCACUUCCUCUCGAUCUACGCCCUCACCGCCCUCCCCCUUUCCCUCCUCCUCUUCUCCCUCGCCGUCUCUGUCCACCCCAUCGAGACCCGCGUCCGCUCCCUCGAGUCCCUCGCCCGCCUCUCCCCCACCCGCUUCGAGUCCCGCCAGGUCCUUAAGGAGUCCCGCUCCGACGCCCUCUCCGCCCUCCGCCUCCGCGCCUCCUACUCCCUCCCCUGCCUCGCCCUCUCCCUCGCCGCCCUCGCCUCCUCCGUAUCCUCCGCCUCCGCCGCCGUCUCCGGCCGGCGCCCCUCCCUCCCGUCCGCCGCGGCGGCCGUGCGGGACCGGUGGCCCCGUUCCCUUGUCACCUCGAUCUGCGUCUACGCCUCCAUGUGGACCUUCCUCUCCGUCACUGGGACCCUCCGGGCUAUCCUCGCAGGCUCCCCCGGCCCGAGGUUCGCCGUCUUCUUCGUCGGUUCCGUCGUUGAGGUCUACCUGAUGGCAGUCCUAGGCGUCGCGCUGGUGGUCUCGGUGCUGGAGGAGCGGGUCGGGUUCGACGCGAUCAGGGUCGGGUCGGCCAUCAUGGAGGGGAGUAGGUGGAGUGGGUUCCUGUUAUCAGGUGUGUUCGUGCUCUUAACGGGCUCGAUCUGGAGGGUGUUGGAGGGGUCGAUGGACGGCCAGGAUUGGACCUCUCUCAUUGGUAUGGUAAGGUGGAUGGUUGGGAUCGGCCGGAGAGCUUGGCUGGUCCUGCUGUACGGGCUGCUGGUGAUGUCGAGCUACGUUGUAUUGACGGUUUACUACUGCAACUGCCGGCGACGGAAUAACAAUGUCGCCCGGGGACUAGAAGCGGAGAGCGAGAUGGCCGAAGUGGAGAACUUGUAA